GCCAUUUUACUGGGUGUUGUGUUCGCCAUGCAGAUGGCGCACACGGUACCGUCUGCGCCACACUCGAUAAUCACGGCAUUUUCGUGAUAUUCCUCGGGCAAAGCACGAAAAAUGGCUUGCUCAGCAGUGAGAUGUCCAAUUUUACGUAAUUCCACAGUAAGGAACUAUGCUGCCCUCGCCAAAGCAGCCCAGUCUUCACCGGCGGCCACUGUUGACACCCAAGUGCUCAGUAACAAAGUGACUGUUGCUGCUCUUGAUAACAACAGUCCACUUGCCCAGGUGUCAAUUAUUUUCAAAACUGGCUCUCGCAACGAGACAUACGAUACCCAGGGCAUAACUCAUCUGCUGAGGAUCGCAGCAGGUUUAACAACCUCGCGAUCAUCAACCUUCGCGAUAACCCGGAAUAUUCAACAGCUCGGGGGCAAUCUGUAUACAACAGUUGAUCGGGAAUCCAUUGCCUACACUCUCCAGGUCACCCCUGACAAGCUAGAAAAGGCCCUUAUAUUCUUGGAGGAUGCAGCGACACGUCAGGUAUUCAAACCUUGGGAAAUAUCGGACUCGACACCUCGAUUACGGUACGAACUCUCCACCAUUCCCGAAAAUGUUCGCAUCGUUGAGCUUCUGCAUAAAGCUGCUUAUCGCGAGGGCCUGGGUUACUCUCUCUACUCGCCAAAACGUCAACUUGAUAAAAUUUCAUCAGAGACUUUGCAGCAUUACGUGAACACAUGGUACACAGGUGAUCGAUGUGCAGUAGUGGCGACUGGCGUAUCCCUCUCGGAGAUAUCUCCACUGGCAUCACGUCUUCAGCUCGGUUCUGGUGCUGGUAAUACCGUACCAUCGAACUUCAAAGGCGGUGAAAUUCGCAAAGAGCGUAAUUCACCGCUUGCCAGUGUAGCACUCGCUGUGGAGGGCUCGGGCUUCGAUAAGGAAACCGAUGCCCUAGCCCUCGCGGUCCUUCAGAAGGCUGCGGGCACAGGGCCACAUGUCAAGUGGGGAACUUCAACGGCACCGCUGCAGAGAGCUGUUGCCUCAGCAGCUGGAUCCGAGCCAUUUGCUAUCACCAGUUUUAACGCCAGUUAUUCAGACUCUGGAAUCUUUGGAUUCCUUCUUCAGGCACCUGCUAAUACCGUGGGAUCCUUAACUAAAGCUGCAUACAAAUGGAUGUCAUCACCAAACAUCACAGACGCUGAUAUUGCACGUGGAAAAACCGAACUGAAGGCUUCCAUUCUUUAUGAUGCUGAUAAUUGCACAAGCCAGAUUGAGAAUUUGGCACAGCAGACCCUCUUCAAGGGACGCGUCACCUCUCCAGCUGGCCUUGCAGCUGAGGUCGAUAAAAUUAGUCCAGCUGAUGUCAAGAAGGUUGCUGGAAAACUCACUGGAAAAUUGGCACUUGCGUCAAUUGGUAACCUAUCUACCGUACCUUAUGUCGAUCAGCUGCGUUAGAUUUUCUAAUCUAACAUUCCGCCGUUAAUAGUGUUGAGCUGACUAUUUAUCAGAAAUGUCGAAACCCAUCGUGACGUCAUUUUCAUGUGCGUUUUCGGCAGUUCGCGUCUGCAAUUCAUGUAAUUGUGUACAUAAUAAAAAGUAAAUGAAUAAAGAGAUAAAUAGUUCAA